AUGUGUCAGGCUAAGUUUUGCUUUCCCAAGUUGCGAAUUUUUGAUCUUUCUCGUAAUGAAUUCAGUGGCUCACUUCCUGAAAAAGUUUUUGGAAACUUCAAGGCAAUGAUCAAAUUAGAUGACGUAGACACGAGAGAGAUCAAGUACAUGGAAUCUAAGUCGAAUUUGUCAUUUGACACAUCGUAUGAGGAUUCAGUGAGUUUGGUAAUCAAGGGGAAGGAUAUUGAGCUACAAAGAAUCAGCACAAUUAUGACAACCAUAGAUCUCUCAAGCAACCAUUUUGAAGCUUUAGAUCUCUCCUGGAAUUGGCUCACUGGCAAGAUUCCACAGGAAUUGGCAAGAAUGAACUUUCUGACCUUCUUAAACGUCUCUCAAAAUCAUCUCGUCGGACCAAUUCCUCACGGUCUACAGUUCAACACAUUUGAAAAUGACUCGUAUGGCGGCAAUCUUGAUUUAUGUGGUCCUCCUUUAUCAAAGAAAUGUGAAACAAGUGGUUCAUCACAUGUUCCUCAACCAUUGGAGUUUGAAGAAGAUGAAGACCGAUUGCAUGUUCCUUGCCCAUUGGAGUCCGAAGAAGAAGAAGAGUCGUAUUUUGCUAGUGGAUUUACGUGGCAAUCAGUGGUCAUAGUUGUUGUAACUGUCAUGUGGAGCCUCAUGUUUAAAGUGUUGCAAAUUUUAGAUCUUUCUCGUAAUGAAUUCAGUGGCUCACUUCCUGCAAAAGUUUUUGGAAACCUCAAGGCAAUGAUUGAAUUAGAGGGUGAAGACACGGGAGAGAUCAAGUACAUGGAACCAUCUAAGGUGUCACCUAACACAUUGUAUGAGGAUUCCGUGAAUUUGGUAAUCAAAGGAAACGAUAUUGAGCUAGAAAGAAUCAGCACAAUCAUGACAACCAUAGAUCUCUCAAGCAACCAUUUUGAAGGUGUCAUUCCAAAAACACUAAAGAAUCUUGGCUCACUUUGGCAACUCAAUUUAUCCCAUAACAAUCUCAAAGGUCAUAUUCCAAUGCAAUUGAGGAAAUUGAAUAAGCUUGAAGCUUUAGAUCUCUCCUGGAAUCGGCUCACUGGAAAGAUUCCGCAGGAAUUGACAAGAAUGAACUUUCUGGCAUUCUUAAACCUCUCUCAAAAUCAUCUCGUAGGACCAAUUCCUCAAGGUCCACAAUUCAACACAUUUGGAAAUGACUCAUAUGGCGGCAACCUUGAUUUAUGUGGUCUUCCUUUAUCAAAGCAAUGUGGAACGAGUGAUUCAUCACAUGUUCCUCAACCAUUGGAGUCCACAGAAGAAGACGAGUCAUAUUUUUUAGUGGAUUUACCUGGGAAUCAGUAG